AGCUUAUUUAUUUCUUCUUCUCUUGGUCCAGAAGAUAUUUGCUACCGAGACUGUUCGUUGGUAUCUCCGCCAUGGAAAUACAUGUAGAAAAGAGCAAAAUCUCAGCUGAUUUGAGAACAAGCAGAGGAAACUUUGAUCAGAUUCCGUUUGAUCUCAUCCCUGAAGUAUUCAAAGGAUUACCCGUUAAAGCCCUAGCGAGGUUCCUUUGCGUAUCUAAAGAAUGUGAAUCCAUCAUCCGCAACCGAGAUUUCAUGAAAUCGUACUUGGUCAAGUCGAGUUCGAGUCGUCCCCGAAGCCUCGUCUUCACACUCAAAGAUACCAAGUUACGUACCUGGAAGCAUUUCUUCUUCUCAGUGAGUCAACCCCAGAACCGAGGUGCAUCAUCUUCAUCUUCUUUUGUAGCAACUUACCAUAUGAAUUGCCAUUCUCAACCGUACACAACUUAUUCUGCCUCUGUUCAUGGUUUGAUUUGCCAUGGACAUCCUUCUAAACUCAUGGUAUAUAACCCUAGCACUAGAGGAUCCAUUACUUUGCCUAGGAUCGAUUCUGAGAGGGUAGAUAUGCACCACUUCUUGGGGUAUGAUCCCGUCAGUGGUGAUUACAAAGUGUUGUGUUUUACGCCUGACGACGCUUUCGCUUUUGGUCAGAGCUUUCGGGUUUUGACAUUGGGAAAGGAGAAUUCUUGGAGGAUUGUUCAAGAUUACCCUCUUCAUUUUCUUGAUCAUCCUUAUUCUCCUGAUAUAUGUAUCGAUGGUGUCUUGUAUUAUGGUGUUUGUCUUGACAAUGAAGAGACUCAUGCAGUUAUGUGUUUUGAUGUUCGGUCGGAAAAAUUUGAUCUCAUCAAGUUACCAGAUAUUACAAGCAGAAUCUCGUGUCUAAGGCUGACAAGCUACGAAGGAACACUUGCAGUCUUGUUCACGGGAGAUUCUCGUGGUAGAUUUAAUUUGUGGGUUCUAAAGGAUGCUGUGAAACAUGAAUGGUCGAAAAAUGAGUAUGUGUUGCCUCCAUCGGAUGGCGAGACUUACGAUCAUUUUCGUCCUUUUUGUGUUGCUAAUGGAGGUGAAGUUGUUUUGGCACCUUUAUUCGUAUUUUGUAAAGAACCAUAUAGUGUUAUCUAUUAUAAUAUCAAGAAAAAUGCUGUGAGAAGAGUAUACAUAGAAGGAAUAUUCACAGAGCUGAAGGAACCACUUUGGGAUAAAGAUUCAUAUCAUUGCACAUUCUCUGUCUUCCCUGCUCAGAUUGAUAAUCUCAUGUUUCUCUAAGAGUGCUCGUCGCUCUUAUCUCCAUUGAAAUGUUUGUUCGUAAGUAUAUACUAUCAUUGGUAUUGUCUGUGGUUUUGAUUAGUGUUGCAUCUGGUUAAUCAUCAUAUGUGGCCUCUCUGUAUUAAAGUUGUGUAUUGUUGUCUCAUCUUCUUGGUUAAGAUCCAAAGUUUCUUAUAAGAAUAAUUUCUUUAAUUA